UUCUAUUUUCUUCGUCUCCGUGAAGCAAGCCCUCGUAUCCAUCCGCGCUCUCCCUGUGAUUCAUCCAAGCAAAUCCAAUCACUUCCGGCCAAACCCUAGCGAGAAUUUGCGCAGAUAUAGAGAAGAAUUUUAUCUGUAUAUGCAGAGAGAGUGAAAGUUGAGGAAAAUAGAGUGUUUUGGAUGUGAUAAAUGGGUGCUGCAGGGUCCAAACUCGAGAAAGCGCUGGGCGAUCAGUUUCCCGAAGGCGAGCGAUACUUUGGCCUCGAGAAUUUUGGCAACACGUGCUAUUGUAACAGCGUUUUGCAGGCUCUUUAUUUCUGUGUUCCAUUUCGGGAGCAGCUGUUAGAAUAUUAUGCAAACAACAAAAAUCUUUCAGAUACAGAAGAAAAUCUAUUGACAUGUCUGGCAGACUUAUUUACACAGAUAAGUUCACAAAAGAAGAAGACAGGUGUCAUUGCUCCAAAGCGCUUUGUUCAGAGAUUGAAGAAGCAAAAUGAGAUUUUCCGCAGCUAUAUGCACCAGGAUGCUCAUGAAUUUUUGAACUAUUUGCUAAAUGAACUUGUUGACAUAUUGGAGAAAGAGUCCCGAGUCAUAAAGAAUGAUCAAGAAGUUUUAUCACCAUCCGAAAAGGUUGCAAAUGGGCCAAACACUAUUCAUGCAAAUGGUACUCAGAGAGAGCCUCUUGUCACUUGGGUGCAUAAGAACUUUCAGGGUAUUCUCACAAAUGAAACAAGGUGCUUGCGGUGUGAGACAGUGACAGCAAGGGAUGAAACCUUUUUAGACUUGAGUGUUGAUAUUGAACAGAACAGUUCCAUAACAAGCUGUUUGAAAAACUUUAGUUCCACAGAGACUCUAAAUGCUGAAGACAAAUUCUUUUGUGAUAAGUGUUGCAGUUUGCAGGAGGCCCAGAAGAGAAUGAAGAUUAAAAAGCCACCUCACAUUCUGGUGAUCCACCUUAAGCGGUUCAAGUAUAUCGAGCAGCUGGGCAGAUACAAGAAGUUGUCGUACCGCGUUGUGUUCCCACUCGAACUCAAACUGAGUAAUACAGUGGAAGAUGCAGAUGCUGAGUACUCCCUGUUUGCUGUAGUCGUUCAUGUUGGGAGCGGGCCCAACCAUGGACACUAUGUCAGCCUUGUGAAAAGCCAUAAUCAUUGGUUGUUCUUUGACGACGAGAAUGUGGAGAUUAUUGACGAGUCUGCCGUGCAGACCUUCUUUGGCUCAGCUCAGGAGUAUUCUAGCAAUACGGAUCAUGGUUACAUCCUCUUCUACGAGAGAAUUGCUGCAGGCAGCUCAAGCUGAAAAGACGAGAUCCUGGUUUGCUAUGAGAGUCGGCAUUUUCUGUUUCUGAACUCGUUCCAUUUUGAUUUCUACGUGUCAUAUCAUUUUUACUUUUUUCUUCUCCUUGUAUCUGGAGAAGACCCUGUGUGUCAUAGGCAGGUGAGGUGAACUGUAAUAGAAAAAUGUACUUUCCCUGUACAGCGGAAUCGGAUGGUGGAAGUUCACUAUCCCUUCUGGUUACAACAAUAAGGUGAAAAAAAAGAGUAUUAAAUAUUGUGGUGCAAGAAUUGGGAAUCUUUGCAAUUCAGAAUGUGCUUUUAAGUUGCAAAUAGGGGGAGCCAAUGGGAUCAAUUUUUACUCCCUUGCAUUCUUCCACCUUGUAAUUUAUUUUAGUUGCAUUUUGUUAGAUCUACAGAGUGACGUGAGAGAGUUGCCUCUUUGCUCCUGUUUCCCCUGGCCCUUUGGCUGCAGAUGUUUCCUGAUAUGUUCUUUUAUCUUAAUGUUUAUUAACAAACAUUUAUAA